AUGGCCACUUACACUGUCACAUCGGCUGUACUGGGUGCACUGAUCACCGUUGAAAACCUAAUAGUAUGCUUCCUUGUCUAUCGUUUCCAUUACCUGAGGACAUGGACAAACGGGUUCAUUACCUCGCUGGCUGUGUCGGACAUUCUUUUUGGGGUUAUUGUCGUUCCUUUACACAUCAUCGACGCUAGUUCACCAGCAAAUGGCUACCUGAUAGCCAUGGUGUUAUUAGUGAACAUUACUAACUUAUUAUCUACAACAUUUGAUCGAUACUUGGCCGUACUCAAACCAUUUUUCUACACUAUCUUCAUGGAGAGAGGUUUUCGCCGAAUACUAGUAUCCGCGUGGGUAGUGCCAAUAGUAACCUCUAUGCUACCAAUAAUAUGGAGCGCAGAUCCAAUGACUACUAUACAUACUGUGUAUUUGCUGUGCGUGUUAGUAGUUGGUAUACUCGUACCAUACACCCUCAUCAUUAUCGCUUAUGUACGAAUCUUCAGAGAGGUUAUCAAGCAAGUAAAAAAGCUCUUGAAAUUAUGUGUCACUACAGACAGACAGACCUCGCGAACUCGACGCGAUGCAGCUAUGAAAGAGACCAAAAGAAUGGCUACUGAAGCUAAAGUGGCUAAAGUGUUCGCUGUUGUUACUGGUAUMUUUGUGGUUGGUUGGAUGCCAUUAGUUUACAUGACUGGUGUUCAAGCAGUGCAUAAGUUAGARCUUAUCCCCCCAAGCUUGCCCAUCAUAGCAUGGUAUACACUUUGCGUCAGUACUCUUGUUAAUGCGCCCAUAUAUGCAUAUUUUAAGUCGGACUUUCGACGAUCUUUGAAAACUAUCUUUAAACGAAAAAACGAACGGCGUCUAUUAGCAAUAACAACAACUGAUGAACAUAGGGAAAGGUGCAACGAAAACAGUACCAUGAUUCAAAACCUUCACGAAUACGACUGCAAACCUCAUGAAGAAUAUUAAAAAUACAAUCUUUGCCGAUAAAGUUGCAGAAAAGAGAUCUUAAAAAAGUCACGUCACACACCAUUUCUAACACUGUACUAUAAAAUGGGCUGAAAGCUGCUAAAAGCUGUUUGAGUGGUGGCAGUGUUCUUGCAAGAAGAAUAGAUUGUUUGAUUAGAGCCGCCGUCAAUGCASCAUGAAAUAUCAAAACACUGAAGCCAAAUAUAUUCAAUUGAAUAUUACAUUGAGAAUGACAAAUAAACGGAUAAAAAGCUAUCUACUUAGUUAAAAUUAGUCGACACUUUUGGCUUAUUUUGUGCUGAAAUCUUGUUGUACACUUAUCCCUGGCAUUGCAGCUUUUGAACGAGAGUCGGUAAUAACUUUUGAAUGAUUAAGUUCCAGUUAAAACAUUUUUGGACUCUUCAUCUUUUUUUUCGUUUACAUUAAAGGAAAAUGUCAAAAUACAGUCAGUAUUUUAUUAUUAAUGAAUUACACUCAGCAARGUUUCACUCUCAACAUUUUCCCGAGUUUUGCUUUAUGCAUUUUUGCCUUUUAUCAGCUAUAUUUUGAUCACACAAAAAGAUAGCUUUAUUCUUCUUUCGCUUUGAACAGAAGUGAAUCGUGCGUUUUUAGACAUAACUCCGGAUACGCGUGCUCGAUGUUCAUAACAACUUUCCAAUAUUGGAAUUUCUGUUGAAGUACAUCGAUGACUAUAACCUAGUGAUGUCAUAGGAUUUAUUUGUGUUCGCGGUAUGCUUCCCAAAUAUGUACAUCUUAAAGCCGUGUACUGUAAUAAAGUACUUAAUUAAGGAGUUUACA